CGGGUCUAUUUGAUCGGCUUGCGUGUCGUUUUGCAUCAGCUGCUCCGCCGCCUCCGACCAGACUGUCCUUUUAAGCCAGGUGCUCAUUAAUGAGUGAAGAAUCAAAAGGUUGGGAGUGUGGCCAAGAAGCAAUGGAGAAUAAAAGUUUGGAAACUUCCCCGUCAGACCUAAAGUUAGUGGCCCACCCAAGAGCAAAGAGUAAAGUGUGGAAGUACUUCGGCUUUGAUACCAAUGCAGAAGGAUGUAUAUUACAGUGGAAGAAAAUCUACUGUCGCAUUUGCAUGGCACAGAUUGCCUAUUCAGGAAAUACAUCCAACCUCUCUUACCACCUUGAAAAGAAUCAUCCAGAUGAAUUUUGUGAGUUUGUGAAAAGCAACACUGAGCAAAUGAGGGAGGCCUUUGCCACUGCAUUUUCAAAACUGAAGCCAGAAUCAUCCCAGCAAGUUGUUCAGGACACCUUAAUUAUGAAGGCAAGUCACAGUUACGAAAAUAAAAAACACCAGGAGCUGACAUCGGCAGUGAUUAGCUUAAUAUGCGAGGGCUUAUAUCCUCCUUCUAUUGUAGAUGAGCCUACCUUCAAGAAUCUUUUAAGAACAGCAGAGCCCAGAUAUGAACUGCCUUGUAGAAAGUAUUUUUGUUCAAAAGCGAUUCCUGAAAAAUACAUUGCAGUUAGGGACAUUGUGUUAAAAGAACUGACUGAUAUCCCAUGGUGUGGCAUAUCCUCUGAUAUGUGGAGAAGUGAAAACCAGAAUAGAUGUUAUGUAACGCUGUCCGUUCAUUUUCUCCGUAAUGGCACUUCCAACUGCCUGGCUGUUAAUUCCCGGUGUUUAAAAACAUUUGAAGUGCCAGAGGAAAACACUGCAGAGACUAUUACGCGAGUCCUUUACGAGAUAUUCAUUGAAUGGGGAAUCAGUACAAAAGUUUUUGGUGCUACAACAGAUUAUGGGAAAGACAUGGUGAAAGCUUGCUCUCUUCUGGACAUUCCAGUACAGAUGCCUUGCUUAGGGCAAACUUUUAAUGCGGGUAUACAGCAAGCUUUUUUACUUCCUAAGCUGUGCGGUGUACUGUCAAGGUGUCGGAAAUUGGUGGAAUAUUUUCAGCAGUCUGCUGUAACCAUGUAUAUGUUGAGUGAGAAGCAGAAGCAGCAGAACACUUUGCGCUGCAUGCUUGUGAGUGAUCGUGUUUCCUGGUGGGGAAACACGCUUGCCAUGUUGCAACGUCUCAAAGAGCAACAGUUUGUAAUUGCGGCAGUUCUUGUGGAGGAUAGCAAUAAUCACCAUCUGGUGUUGGAAGCCAGUGAAUGGAAUACAAUUGAAGGCCUGGUGGACUUGCUCCAGCCGUUCAAGCAGGUUGCUGAGAUGAUGUCUGCUUCUAAGUACCCAACAAUAAGUAUGGUGAAACCCCUCCUUCACAUGCUGCUGAAUACAAUGCUAAAUAUCAAAGAAAACGACUUGAAAGAAAUCAGUAUGGCAAAGGAAGUUAUAGCCAAAGAAUUAUCUACAACAUACCAACAUACACCUGAGAUAGACAUGUUUCUCAAUGUUGCAACUUUCUUGGAUCCAAGAUACAAGAAACUUCCUUUUCUUUCAGCAUUUGAGAGACAGCAGGUUGAAAAUAGAGUGGUAGAGGAAGCAAAAGGUCUCCUAGAUAAAGUAAAAGAGAACACAUUGAGACCUGAAGAACAGCUUUUUGCAGUGUCUGAAGAGCCACCAGUGAAAAAAAUGGUAAUUGCCUCUACCCCUCCUCCUACUAGUGCCAUCAAUAAUAUGCUUGCAGAGAUCUUUUGCCAGACAGGGGGUGCUGAAGACCAAGAGGAGUGGCAUGCUCAGAUUAUUGAGGAACUGAGUAAUUUCAAAUCGCAGAAAGUUCUUGGACUAAAUGAGGAUCCACUCAAGUGGUGGUCUGACAGGCUAGCUUUAUUUCCUGUUUUACCAAAAGUACUUCAGAAAUAUUGGUGUAUUGUGGCCACAAGGGUUUUCCCUGAACGCCUUUUUGGUUCCUCUACAAACAUUGUUAAUGCUAAGAGAAAUCGGUUAGCCCCGGCUCAUGUAGAUGAACAGAUCUUUUUGUAUGAGAACACACGCAGUGGUUCAGAAGCUGAGCCAGAGGAAGAAGAUGAGGGAGAAUGGGGCUUGGAACAGGAGCACAUUAUGAAUUUACAUGACACAGCAACUGUAAACAGCAAUUUCUUUAAUAUGCGAGACAGUGGCUUCAUGUAGAAAGAACACUUGAUGGUACAUUUUCAGAAAAAGGGUGUUUGUCUUAAAUUGCCAUUACCAAAAAAUAAUUUCACAUGAUCUGAAUAUUGUAAAUACUGAAUGUUUGUAACAUUGUCUUGUUUUAUGUGCAUGGAUGUGGUAUGUGUGUGUGUGUGUCUGUUGUCUUCAGACAAGAGUGCAACUUGUGACUCCAACAGACUGUAAUAGGUUUAAGAGUUGAUAAUGAAUUCAAGUCUGCAUUCAGGCAAACUUUUAAACAUGUGAAUUGUCUUCAUUUAUGGAGCAGUAGGACACACAAGUAAAGGGUAUCUUCUAAGCAGUGGCUCAGUCUUUCUUCUGCUACAGAUAUGUUCCUUGAAUCAGCAGGCUGAAUGGGCAAACUUAAUAGAUGGUUUAACUCCCUUGCAAAGCCUUAUUUCAUGUAGAAUUCUUAAAGCUUUGAUUUAAAAGUUUCCAUAUAUUUAAAUAUUUAAAGAUUUUUAAACGUCAGAUCAGAACACCAGGGCUUGUUAUAUAAACAACCUAAUUUUAAUGGAUUGCUUCUAAUGUUACUUUCUCCAGUAGAUUAGUUUUUGUGUUGGAAACAACAUGCGCUGUGUAAUAUGUCAGAUUAAAGGUGCUCAUACUUCCAUUCCUUUUUGCCUUGGUGGAUGUAGUAGGGUCCUGAUACUUGUACUUGAGUGUGCAUCCCCCCCACCUUCCUGCCAUUACCUUGUUAGGAAAGUAUAGCAUGAAAUAACACCUUUACGAUUUGCUGCGUAGCAAAUUAAUCCUUGAGCUGAGUUGUAUCACUGACUGCUGCAGUGCAAUAUUACAAAUCAUGAUGACAUUUUGCACAUACACUGAGAUGUUAGGCAUUGCAAAUUGAUGUUCUAAUAUCUACUCCAGUGCUUAUAUUUAGAAUUGGGUGAUAAACCCGAUUCUUCACCUCACUUUCCCCCCCAAAUCAGAGUGAGUUAGCUUAAUAUGUGAAACACUGCCAGAUUGGCUAUUUUGCCAAUCUGGUCACAAUUCAGUACAAAAUUCAACAUGCUUAGGCUCAGUGAUUUCAGUGGAUCUCAGUAUGCUUAACUCUUUGCUGGACUGUGGCCUCUGUAGAAUAUCAUACUGUCAUAAUAGGUAAAUGGGAGCUCCAAUGGAGAAUAUAUAUCUCAUGGAAUUAACUACUUUAUUUUUUAUUUUGAGGAUAUUUUUUAUUAUGGGGUAUUGGUGAAUGAAAUAAUUUGAAUCCUGACUGGAAGGAAUGGGUGUUAACUUCUCCCUAUCCGCAACCCACAUUCUGAAAUAUUAUAUUGUUCCUCUUAAACAUGAACCUGCAGUUGCCCUCUUCUGUAAGUCUUCCGAUUUAAAUUCUAGAAGGGUUUUUCAAAUAUUUUGGAACUUUAUGUUCUGCUUCAGCAAUAGUUCCCUACAUGUCUAAAUGCUGGUCAGAUUUAGCGUUAUAAGAAUGGGCCUCAUUAAGCGUUGGGCUCACAUACUUGCCCCUCCCCUCUCCUACCUCAUGUGUGAGGGGUAGAGAUUGAACUUUUUCACUUCUGUUUUUUGGAUAAACGGCAGUUUAUUGUUUUGUUUGAAUUCAGGAAGCUGUCGUUUAUUCAAACUGUGGCUAGCUUUAAACAAACCAGAAUCAAACCAUGAUUUCAUACUAUUUUGUUUACUAUCCAGAGCAGGAAUGAACUACGAUUUCCUGGAUUUGGGUGUAAUAGGAAACUGGUUUAUUCAAAACUGAAAAUAGAAGGCUUCAUUGUUCUCCCCUCACAUGAAAAGGAGGAGAAGGAAGGGACAAGUGCAUGAGUCCAAGAAUCUAUAGUUGCUGUGUCACUUUGGUGUCACAAAAUUUGAUAUGCCUCCAGCAGAGGAGAGACAUUUUGUUCACUUGAGUGUAUAGAUUUUGCAAUUCUACCAUAUCAGAAUUAUUAGGUAGCCUUCUGAAAUGUCUAAUAACCUUUUAUUAUUUUAUAAUCAUAUAAUAAUGAGGGUGAGAGCCUGAGCAGUUGGAAUGUUGAUGAGAUAAAGUUGCUAAUUGCUGUUCAAAGUGAGAGAUUGGCACGGAGCGUGUUCCUCCCAUGUGUGAGGUGGGGAGGGAGUGAAUACUUCAUUUAUCUUUAAUUCCAAGGCUGUAUGAAUUGUUAUGUGGUCUGUUGUACAAAGUGAUUGGCUGGGAUUUGUAAGUGGUACCAGUGUAAUAGUAUAAUGUUAUUUUAUUUGAUUAUUAACAUAUUGUACUGUUUGAUUUUUAUGUUAUAUAUCAUUUUGAGAUUUUUUAAAUCUUGUAUAGGAAUUCCAUUUGGUAUAUUGUUUUGAUUUCUUUUGAAUUGAA